UUUCAUGUUGAGUCCUGCUCUGCGCCGUUCCCACAUCACACUCACAUGUCGCUGCGGUGCGCCGUGAUCGACACAGCUGCGCGUCCUCUCUCCACCGGCCGUGGGAUCACAACACCCAAACUUUCCGUGGAUAUCCCAGCAUGUUUAAGUGCGUACGGCUCUCAUCGCCUCCUAGUGCGCAUCAUGGGCAUUGAAAAGUUGUGAUUUUUGGAGAAAAAUUCUCAAACCACAGGAAAUUCUAUUUGAUAGCAUCAAAAGGAGCACUUUUCCCCCUCCUCCACUGACUUUUCAAGUUCUCACAGUGAAGAAAAUGUACAACCAGAGGACUAUAUGACGUCUUAUUUGUGGAUCUAAUUUUUAAAGAUUAGGUGAAAAACAGACUGACUUCCCCUUCUGGAAAUAUUAAGACAUGGCCACAGAGGCUGUCCAUGCUGCCCAUGCUGCUGUAGCCCCGUCUGCCAUCCCCAUGUCCCCGUCAACUGGAAAAUGGAUGUACCUGAGAAAUGAAGUCAUCAUAGAGCACUAUAACUACACCGGCAAACUGCAGGAGAACAAGUACAAGGAGGGACUCAAACCAGAGGCUGUGGUUUUUCUGCUGGUCUGCCUUCUUAUUGUUCUAGAAAAUGCUGUGGUGCUUUUAGCUCUCUGGAAGAAUAAGAAAUUUCAUGUGCCCAUGUACUAUUUACUGGGCAACUUGACUCUGUCUGACCUGCUGGCAGGAUUCACCUACAUGGUAAAUAUCAUAACAUCUGGUGCCAACACGUUAAGCCUGACCCCAGUGCUGUGGUUUCUGAGGGAAGGGGGUGUGUUCAUCAUGCUGGCUGCCUCUGUCAUCAGUUUGCUGGCCAUUGCCAUAGAGCGUCACGUUACCAUGGUGAGGAUGAAGCCGUACCAGGGGGACAAACAGGGCCGGAUGUUUGGUCUGAUUGGAGCCAGUUGGGUGUUGUCUGUGUUCCUGGGUGUCCUACCCGUCCUGGGCUGGAACUGCAUGGGCCGCCUGGACCAGUGCUCCACUGUCCUCCCCCUCUACGAUAAGAGCUACAUCCUGGUCAACAUCACCAUCUUCAGCGCCAUCCUUCUGGCCAUUGUGGUGCUGUAUGUCCGCAUCUUCCGGAUUGUCAAGUCCAACACACAGAGGCUUGGCUCUGGGCCACAGCGCAAAGGCAUGUACCGCAAGUCCCAGAAAUACAUGGCCCUACUGAAGACAGUCACCAUCGUCCUGGGAGUCUUUAUUGCGUGCUGGCUGCCACUGUUCAUCCUCCUACUGCUGGACUUCUGCUGCCCUGCCAAAAGCUGCCAAAUCCUGUUUAAAGCAGACUAUUUCCUGGGCAUUGCUAUGUUCAACUCCCUUCUUAACCCCAUCAUCUACACCCUGACCAGCAAGGACAUGAGGAGGGCCAUCCUCAGACUGCUCUGCAGACACUGUCUCUUGACCAAAGACGGACAAGUGAAGAAGAUCGGGAUGCCCUUCCUCGACUGCAGCACCACUAAGACUGAUGCGGCCUCUCACAGACUGGAGGGACUGGAGACCACAGUGUCCUCUGGAAACUUUACACCAUCUACAAUUAAAGCCAUCUACCCCAGGAUACCUAAGACAUGACACCAGGGCUGAGAACAAGCUGCUGGACUAAAAAUGAUCAGGCUGCUUCUCUCUGAACUGAAAGCUUUAAAAAAAAACAAGUGAGAGAAGCAGCAUACUGAAGUUUGUGCUGCACUCUGCCAUGGUUCUGGUUAGAGUCCCCAUGAAAUGAACAAGAUAGAUGGCUGUGACUGGGAGAAUUAACUUUUUUAAUAAUCCAAAACUUGUUUUUAAAUAUUUCUGUAUAUUUUAUAAAUAUGUAACCUUUAAAAACAUAAAAUGUCCAUGUAGCAGGCAGGCUCUAGUGAAAACCAAGCAUUAUAUUUGUCUAUUAGACUCUAAAAAUGGAUGUUGCCCAUACAAGGCCAGUAUUUGAUUUCAUCAAUGUUUGCUUUAGUACAUAAGAUGAAAUCAGACCUGUGUGCAGGCAUUUCACAUAAAUAAAGCCAGUGAUGGCUCUGUGCGUCUGACAGACUGGGACCGAAGCCUAAACAUGACAUUCAUCUUUAUCGCCUCUCCCUGUGUAGUAUUUAAUGAUAUGUUGUUACAAACACGGUGAAUCCACACCCAAAAUCUGCUGCCAAACCCAUGUAAUUUGUGCCAUGUGAGUUUCGGUCAGCAGCAGCGCAGGGUAGAGGUCCCCUCGACCAAGAUCACAGGCUCGGUGGCUGGGAGACGCACUGACGACGUCAUACAGAGGGCUGUGCUCGUGGCUUUGCAGCUUUGGAGGUCCCCUCAACAUAUGUAGCGACGCAUGAUGAAUGGCUAAAAGCAAGAGAGCUGACAGCGGAGGUUUGCACCGCCUUAUUGGUUUAAUGGACCAGAAUAUCAUAGUUUUCAGUUUCAUCAUGUGGACAAAAAUGCUCAGUCUUUCAAACUUUUCCAUUGGAUACUUUUUCCAUGUGAAAGAAUGCAGACAGAAUCUCAUCUCACACAACAGAAACCCAAUACAACCACAAUACUGCAGCAUUUCAUUGUGAUAACAGCAGGCAUGUUUCCAUUUGAAAACCUGUAUAUACAUGUAAAGAGAAGCUUAAUUAUUUAGUGAUUUACUUUACUUUGUAAAUAUGUGUAGCCCUUUUCCUGUGUUCAUAAGAGCUGCGUUUUGUAUUGUAAAAAUCUCACUUAAGUUAUGAUGUCAAUUUUAUACUUGCACUGAAUAAACAUAUGUGAACAUUUA